CUAGCCAAGGUCAAAAACAAACAACCCAAGAAAAUUACCAUAUUAUCCCUAUAGUCUUUAAAUUGAAUGAGGCCGUCCAAGGGUGUUUUGGUGAACUACAGAAGCGCAGAUUCGUCAACGUUUAAAAAUUAAAACCGCGUGGCCAAAAUAGGGAACCUUUCGAACAAAGCACCGCUUUAAAAUAAAACGGUUAGAUAUCUCCUCACAUACACCGAAACCACCCUGUGUAAACCGAGAAGACGGAGAAGACAAAGAAGAAGAGCAAUGGAAGACUGCAGACCGUUGGGCUUCUUGAUUGGUCUACCCUUCGCUCUUGUGGCAUUGAUCUUGGCCCUUUUGGGUGCAGUUAUAUGGGUCCUCGGGACGUUGUUGAGUUGCCUGUGCCCAUGUUGCAUCUGUUUCGCAGGACUAGCGAAUUUCGCAGUCAGUCUUAUAAAGCUUCCUGUCAGAGUGAUUAGAUGGUUCAUUUAUCAAAUCCCUUGUUGAAAUUUCUCAUGAUUUUCAGCUUUCUUUUUUUUUUUUCUCUCCCUUUGAGUUGAUUCUUGGAAAGAUUUAUUUAAUUAGUUUUUUAAUUGGAUCUUUUGUGAUUAAUUGAAUUUUAGACAAGUCUAUAAUAUUAUUUGUCCUAGGUUUUGUGGACAAUCCAAUCUUGUAUCAGGAAAAUUAGAAGAUGGUUGAUUUUGGAUCUUUAGAAAAAAAAUUUCAAGUGUGGCCCACCCUAUGAUUUGUAUCAAA